ACCGUUCUUCCCUUCGAGCGACAAGCCUCUGUAACCCUUCUUCUCUUCAAGCGACCAAUCCUCUGCAAUCGACGGGUCACUUCGGCAGUCGACUUCUAACCCUUCUUCCGUUUGGCAAUGGACUUCUUUCCACUCUCCACUUAUUGGACAAACAGAGUGGCAGUGAUGGUUUUUUGACUCGCUCGAUUCUUUGUUCUCCCACUCGCCCUGCUCUGUGCUCCUGGCCCUAAGAUUGUUUCAAGUUUGGUUCUCCUCAUGUGCUGUUGUGUUUUCAAAUACUGAUGACUGCAUGAUCUUAGUCUUACUAUCAAGGGAAUUGCUAGAUUUUGCGUCAUAGCAUUUCCUGUCUCCCCAUCUUUUGUCCUAAAUAAUAACCCGCUCUAGGUACAUCCUGUAGAAGCAGAACUCAUUAUUAAGAUCAUAGGACAUAGUGGAAAAUAUCAAAUCCUAGAACAGCCUCAUCAUUCCACUCCUUUCCAGGACAAUUUAAAAACUCGAGUUUUGGGUAUAGACUGAAAUUGAAACUGUAAUUUUUCUCGAGUUGGAUUUCAACCGCAAUUGUCUUCUGUUCUCAUAUUUUCUCAUCUCGGUUUUUCUUCAAUUCUCAAAGAUGCAACUUCAGACACUUACUCCACCAACAUAUUAUCGUAAUGCACCUAGUUUUCCACUUUGUUCUUGUCGUUCCAUCUGCUUCCAGCCCGUAGGACCAUAUGUUAAAUGUCUCUCCAGCUCAAAUUCCAACAAUGGGUUUUGCAGUUUAAGGAGAAGGGUUGCCAAAUCUCUCACUAGUUGGAGGAAGCAAGAUGGUUUAGUUAUUAUCAGAUGUGAGGGUUUCAGAGAAAAAGAUGAUAGUUUUUAUAUGAGGAGAUGUGUGGAGCUUGCAAGGAAGGCAAUUGGGUGUACUAGCCCAAACCCCAUGGUUGGAUGUGUUAUUGUAAGGGAUGGACAGAUUGUCGGUGAAGGGUUUCACCCAAAAGCAGGGCAGCCUCAUGCUGAGGUUUUUGCCCUGAGGGAUGCUGGGGAAUUGGCUGAAAAUGCAACAGCUUAUGUCAGCCUAGAACCGUGUAACCAUUAUGGGAGAACUCCACCCUGCACUGAAGCACUGAUUCAAGCCAAAGUGAAAGAGGUGGUGGUAGGAAUGGUGGACCCAAACCCAAUUGUGGCUUCAAAAGGGGUAGAAAGGCUAAGAGACUCAGGAAUUUAUGUGAGGAUGGGUGUUGAGGAAGAACUAUGCAAGAGCCUUAAUGAGGCAUUUAUCCAUCGAAUGCUUACGGGGAAGCCCUUAACCACGCUGAGAUACUCUGUGUCAGUCAAUGGCUGCAUCCUAAAUCAGGUAGGACAUGGAGCUACAGAGGCUGGUGGAUACUAUUCAGAAUUACUUCAGGAAUAUGAUGCAGUUAUGCUUUCUAGUGCCUCAUCUUCUAAGUGCUUCCCUGCAUCCGAAGAACCUGGAGCCAGUCAACCCCUAAAAUUGAUUAUAGCUACACAUCCAGAAUCACUAUUACAACUUCCUGUUCUCACUACAGGAACCACUUCCCGAGUGAUUGUUUUUACCACAGAACGCACAGUUGCUGGCCUAGAAAUGGGUGGACAGGGAAUUGAAAUUGUGGCUUUCGAUCAGAUAAAUUUAAAUAUAAUUCUGGAUUAUUGUUCAAAGCGGGGGUUAUGCAGUGUUUUGAUGGACUUGCAGGGGAAUGGUACUGAUUUUCAAGAGCUUCUUGGAGAGGGUCUUGAGCAAGGGUUGUUACAGAAGGUAGUGAUGGAAGUGGUACCACUCUGGGAUCAGGGUGGAGGAAGUUCAUUUCCGGCAUUUAAGGACCUGGAAAAAAGACCUAUUGCUUUAAGAAACUUGAAAUCCAGGACUGUAAGGGAGACCGUUUUGGUGGAUGGCUAUUUUUGCUAAAGCUAGAUGAGAUACCUGAACAAAUCAAGUGAUUGCGAUUUCUCCUCUUAUAAUUGGCAGCAGAGUUGAUCUGACCAUGCAAUAAAGUUGGAUGCUUUACAGUGAAUGUUCAAUGACCUUGAACUUGGAUCAGAUAAUAUUAUUGGAGAAUUGAAAAAAAAAAAAAAAAAAAAAAACAAAAACAAAAAAACAAAAAAAAUCAUCACUGAAAAACCUCAAGAAGUAAUUUGUAGUUUUUGCUAUUUGCAUUGCAGAGAAUUUGUAGAAGAGUACAAGUGCAAUAACAUAUUCGAGUUUUUCUCA